AUGAGUACCCUAAUGGCUAAUGCGUCUGUCUGUUUAUAUAAACGUAAAGCCUUUCUAAAACCAAAAACCAGAUCUAAAAAAAUGGAUGGUCGCAAAUGGAGUUUGGGUUUCAUAUCUCUCGCUUUUCUCUUCAUCGCUUCCUCUUCAGCUGAGUUCCUUAUUCAACAGGUCACAGAGCACAACCGUUCUUACAGUCUCGAGGCGAAUCUUGGACUGACAAGAGUGUUAAGAGAUGAGCGACCAUCGAGUAAGAUAGUGACAAUAACAAGCUUCUCCGUGAUUAAGGAGAGAACCGAACCCUACGAAUCCUCUGUUUUUGAGGCUGCUGGUUACAAAUGGAGAUUGGUUUUGUACGUGAACGGUAAUACUAACGACGGUGGAAGUGGUCAUAUUUCACUUUACGUGAGGAUCGAAGAGACAUGGUCUCUUCCAAGUGGCUGGGAAGUCAAUGUUGAUCUCAAACUCUUUGUAUACAAUCCGAAGCAACGCAAAUACUUGACUGUUACAGAUGGAGCAGUGAAGCGAUUCAACGAUGCUAAGAAAGAGUGGGGAUUCGGACAAUUGAUUCCUCUUUCAACGUUCUACAACACGAACGAAGGUUACAUUGAGCAGGACACUGGUUCUUUUGGUGCUGAGAUCCUCAUCGUUAAACCGGCACAGCAACAAGAGAAAGUCACAUUCAUAUCAAAUCCUCCAGACAAUGUUUUCACUUGGAAGAUCCUUCGUUUCUCCACUUUGGAAGAUAGAUUUUACUAUUCUGAUGAUUUUCUCGUUGGUGAUCGAUACUGGAGAUUAGGAUUUAACCCGAAAGGGGAUGGAGGAGGAAGACCACAUGCACUCCCUAUCUUCCUAUUUGCUCAAGGCUUUAGACCAAACGCAGUCGCUACAAACACUUGGGGAGCGGUUAAUCUGCGGUUGAAGAAUCAACGAAGCACCAACCACAGACAAAUAUAUUCUGCAGCUUGGUACCCUAUUCGAAGCGGUUAUGGUGUGGGAGUGAACAAUAUCAUAUUGUUAGCAGAUUUAAAGGAUGCAUCGAAAGGGUAUUUGGUGAAUGAUGCCAUUAUCUUUGAAGCUGAAAUGGUUAAGAUCUCUGUGACCAACAUCGUUGCCGCUUAAAGAUCUCUCUACUUCUUUAUCAUCAAUCAAACGUACAACCUUAUGAAUAAAGAGACGUUUGAUGAGUUUCUAAUAAGAUGAAGUUGCUGAUGCUUGUGAUGUAAUCAUCAUUUCUGUUCUUCGAGUUUCCUUUUUUCUGUUUUGUUAUCAAUGAAAUGAGACUCUCUUUGUUUUUAAACUUCUUUCAAAAAGAUGUUGAGGAAAGUUGGAGUGUUUAACUUGGGAUGAAACUUUUUGUUUUUUUGGAGAAACGUAUUUAGGUAGAAAUGAUAAAAAAAAAAAUACUAUAAAUAAGUUAUUGACGAAAUGCUG